GCACAGUAGAUGGCGGACUACGCACAUUGAAGUUGGCUGCGAUCCGCCAAUCAAAUAUAACAACUUUAAAGAAGAAGACAUGAACCGACAAGAUUCCUGGAGGUUCCAACGUUCUCCUCUCAGCAAAAAACAACAACACAUAAGCCUGUAGCAGUAAUGAUUCAAAGUGAUUAUAGAGAGUGGAAAUUUAUGAACUUAUACGUUACUGAUAUUGGAUCAACUCUCUCUGAAAAACAUGGAGUGACAUCUGUGCUGUUAACAGAAAGAGGUUUGUCUUCCCGUCAUGGAAAGGAUAAAGCAGCCCAGUGGACAAGGACCCCCCAGGUACGCCUUCAUGGUGCGAGGCGAGAGGUGCGAGGCUUCUGCCCUGGGGCCGACCUGGAGGGAGAUGAUGGCGAAAUGACACAGACGAGGACACAGAAACGGAGCGCCAGAACGAUGAGCGUUCAAGAGAGGUCAAACGUCAACCCUCAGGGUUUUGAGUCAGAGAUGAAGGAAAUCAACCCGUUGACGAGGCAAAGGGGGAAACGACAAACAAGACAAACUCGACCAAAGUUCAUAGGAGAAGAGGAAGAUGUUGACAGUCAAGCGACAGACCUUGAAAAGACCUCAAGCACAAACAAAAGAUAUGUUGUUCCGAACCAGGAUGAAGAGACUAUGUAUACUGAAACCCAGUGGAGAUCAAGGAUCAGGACAGCUGACAAGAGCUGCAACACUCCUUCGGAAUGGCUCACGUCUGAAAGGGGUGGCUUGUUGAACGCACCACAGAGUGUCUUGGCGGUUGAACUGAAGAGCUCAUAUACGGAAAGGAGUGACUCGCCAGAAGAAGUGAUGUCAGAGGAAGAGACAGAACAGGACCCUUUUCCUGCAAAGAGGAAGAAAGGCUCAAAAAGGACGAGCAAGAAGACAGUACAACUGGAUCCGGAUGUUCAUUUGGAAAACGAUGAUUCGAAAAAGGAUUCAAAUAGGAAGAGAAAGACCCGAGUGAAAACGACCCACACGUGUAGCUUCUGUGAGAAGGUUCUGGCGUGUAAGGCCGCUUUAGACCGACACGUCCUCAGUCACUCGAGUGCGAGGCCGUUCCACUGCGACGAGUGUGGGAAGAACUACAGGAGCAAAAUGACGCUCAAGAUCCACCAGCAGAACCACACGGGGAAGAUGGACUUCAUCUGCGACGACUGCGGGAAGCAGUUCACCCACAUGACCUACCUCAGGCGCCAUAUCUACAGCCACAACAACAAGGAACUGAGGCCACACCACUGUCUGGACUGUGGGAAACACUUCAUCCAGAAAUCCCACCUGGAACGCCACCAACUCAUCCACAGCGGCACGAAGCCCUUCAUCUGUCGGCACUGCGACGCCGCCUUCAACCGGCCCGAGGGCCUCCGCCAGCACCUGAUGGAGCACGCGCCCGCGGGGGAGGAGGGCGGCCGGCCGGCGCACAAGCACCAGUGCCUGGUGUGCAGGAAGACCUUCGCCACGUUCAAGUUCUUGCGGGACCACAUCAAGAGCCACACGGGCGAGCGGCUGCACAGCUGCCUUCACUGCUCCCGGGCGUUCGCCCUGCGCUGGCGGCACGACAAGCACGUCCGCUCGCACGCACAGGAAGGAGCGCCCUCGCAAACAGGUCCGGCCCUCGAGCCGGCCCCCUGAGCCGGGCCCCUGAGCGACCACAUAGGACGUGAAAGCACAGAGUGGCCUUUUACAAGCAGAGAAUAGACCUGCAGGUUUACAUGUAACUCAUUUAUUCAUUUAGAAGACACUUUUAUCCAAAGCGACUUAAGAGAAAGAGCUUUACAAAAAGUGCAUAG